UGGGCUUAGUCAGUUACGUUGCCUUUUCCCGCGCGAAUAUUAUCCACUCAUUUCUCUGCUAUGCAUUCUUUCUUCUUUUUUAAUAUGCAAUUCAAGUCCAUCUGCUCUACACCAUUCCCAUCAGCUUCUUCUCUUUCAAUCAUUUCUGCGUUAAGCCAGCUUUGUCUGUUUUCUGUCUGCCUUAAAUUUACAGCAAAGCCUCAACCUUAGCUGUGAAGCAUUUUUCUUUGUUUUAGUUUAUAUCUCAUGGCAACAUCUUCUAGCAGUAGUGGCGCCUUUGAUGCAGUAAUGUUUCAAUUGUAUCUAGUGGCAUGCUCUUCUAGCAGUAUGCGUGCUUUCGAUGCAAUAAUGUUUCAAUUGUAUCGAAUGGCAUACUCUUAUCGUAGUAGUGGUGCUUUUGAUGCAGUAAUGUUUCAAUAUUAUCUAAUGGCAUCCUCUUCCAACACUGCUGGUAUUUUUUAUGCAAUAAAUGCCAUCUGCUCCUACUUUUGUUACAUCCUCGUCUGGAACCAAACUCUUGCGCUAUGAUAUAUUCAUAAAUCAUUGUGGACAAGAUGUCAAACACACUCUCGCCAGCAAGAUCUACGAUUCCUUAGAUGCCACGGGAUUGAAAGUGUUUCUGGAUAAAGAUGAGUUGGAUCUUGUGGAUUACUUUCCCAAAGCCAUAGAAGAAGCAAUCAAAAGUUCUUCUCUUCAUAUCGCCAUAUUUUCUGAACAUUAUGCACAAUCACCCUGGUGUUUGGCCGAAUUGUUUUGUAUGCUACAAACCCCCAGCAAAUUUAAGCCCAUUUUCUAUCAUGUUGAUCCUUCUGAUUUAAGAUGGGCGAUUGAAGGAAAAGGAAUUUAUAAAGGUGCCUUUUCUGAUUAUGUAGAGAAGAAAAGAUACCCUUCCGAACUGCAACGUUGGAAACAGGCACUCCAACAAGCGACAUAAUUAAGAAAGAGAAUCAGGGAAAGGUUCAAGGGAUAAUUUUGCGUACAAAAAUUCGUCGGCAGAAGAGUGCCCAGAGGGAAGUGUGCCCAUCGUGGAGAUCACACGUGAACGUGUUGAAAGAGCAGGAUCUCUGAGACAAUACUUAAAUACAGGAUUGCACGAUAACACACAGAAAACUCAUGAAGAAGCCAAGAGCGCAGUAGCAUUUAUAAGUCCAAGGGGAAGCCAGGAGAUCCAUGAGAUCAAAGCUUCUUUCAAUGUAUGGCAACCUUCCGUGGACACCAGUAAUUCAGUUUUUAGCGCCGCUAUAUUGCGUCUUCUCCAUGAGAAUCCUGAUGAGUCAAUAAACGAAGCAAUGGAAGCUGGAUGGAUGGUUUACCCCAGUCGCUAUGGUAGUCCACGCGUUACAUUUUAUGUUGCCCAUAGGGUUUUCCGUAAGGGCGAGGAAAAAGACUGCAUCGACCUAUCUUGUAAAGAUUUUAUUCAAGAAGGAAAAGAAUACUAUCCAGGAAUGCCAAUUCCUGGUAUUUCUGCAUAUGAUGGUACACAGAUGGACAGCACCAUAAGCAUAAGAAGAGAAACCAGGGGUAAUAAUGCAAACAAUCUAGUGUGGGCAGUAUAUUUACAAGACAAGUUAGUGGGUCAUUGGCCUGCAAUUCUUUUUCACGACUUGACAUUUUAUGGGAAUUUGGCCCAAAUUGGAGGACAAGUAGUGAUAAGAUCUGGCAAGCGAGGAACUCCGUUUCCCAAGACGGAAAUGGGUAGUGGAGACUUCGCUAGAAAAGGUUUUAAGAAAGCAGCUUUUGUCAGGAACAUACGAUUGUUUACUAAUAAUGGUGCUCUUAUAACUGAUAGAAAAACGAAUUACUUCCUAAGUAAAAGACAUUGUUAUGGUAUAAAAGGAUAUGUGAAACAAGAUGACUAUUGGGGGCAUCAUAUAUAUUAUGGAGGUCCUGGAGGUAAUGCUGGUUAUUGUACGUAUUGAAAUACUUUUGCCCCAAAGCAUGAAUGAUAUGAAGCCGAGUGUGUGAGCUGCACAGCAGCAGAGAAAUAAAAUAUAUGCACUUAAAUGUACUUUCUGGUGUAUUUGAAUCGUGUAUCUUUUUCUUCGAA